AUGUCCGAGAAAAAUGCGUUCCAAAGAUUCGCAAGUGAGCAAUACUUUUCCGGGGACAGGACUCUCGAGUUAACAGGUACAGGUCCCAACGAGCGACGCACCAUAAGUCGCGAGGACUUGGGCUUCUACAAUGCAGUUGUAGUAUCGGCCGUCUACGAAUUUGCGGGCGAAAACAUUGAUGUCAAGUCGGUGCAUUCUUUCGUUCAGCCAUUGAACCGAUGCAUUGAGGAGCAUCCUCAUUUGACCGUGGUAAUUAAGGACGCGCACACCGAGAAGCCAUAUUAUGAAAGCGUCUCAAAUAUAAACCUCGCGGACCAUGUAUUCAUGCUUGGUGAUGAUGAAGCUAGAGAUGAUGACACUGCGACAUUAGAAAAAAUUCUACCGCCGAUUCUGGAUCAGCCAUGGCCUCCUUCAGUACCGCCUUGGCGGAUUGUCGUCCUCUCCUUGCCACCACAACGGGGUACGAAAAUACCGCGUUGCCUUAUAGCAUUCGCGUUUUCUCAUACCAUUGGGGAUGGUAUAGCUGGACUCGCAUUCCAUCGCACUUUCUUGGACGCAUGCCAGUUGCAGACGACGACCAACGAAGAGACGUUUAUGUUCACUGUACCAAGGCCGACACUCCCGGCCCCCUUCGACACGCCACAAACACUUCCCAUCUCCUGGUCAUUCCUUCUUGGGCCCCUGAUAGCUGUCCUCCUCCCAAAGUUCAUUGCUAACUUCCUCGGGCUUCACGCAGCGGCUAGUACAGUUGAUGCAGGUACCUGGACUGGAUCCCCCAUCUUCUUCAAUCCAGGCUCUCUUUACAGUAAAAUCAGGCUCCUAGAGAUAGAAGGCCCCCUGGUGAAAAAAGCCUUACAGGUGUCGAGAACUCACGAUGCCAAGCUCACUGGUACAAUACACCAGCUAAUCGUCCGGGCUCUAAGCAAGGCCCUUCCAGACCGAAAUAUCACCAAUUUUGUCUCGGGAACAGCAAUCAACAUGCGUGGGUCAGUCGGCGCACCAAACUAUGAAUGGGGGCUUUAUGUCUCCGGCUAUUAUGAGGCACAUCCACGUGUGGAUGCAGCCACUGGGCUGACUGAUGCGAUGUGGGCAGCUGCGAGCUCGAUGACGAAGAACCUCGCGGAAUGUGCUGUGACGCUGCAAGAUCAAGCUAUUGGCCUUCUGAGAUACGCGCCUAGUAUCAGGAAUUGGACACUGGGAAAGAUUGGAGACCAGCGAGACUCCUCGUACGAGGUGAGCAACCUGCUUGUCUUUGAUGGCAGCGGCGAGGGGAAACGGAGCAGGAUCACCAAGAUGGUAUUUGCCCAGCCGGGGAACACUCCAAGUGCGCCGCUUGUUUUCAAUUUGGUGAGUGUCAAGGGAGGUAGCAUGAUGUGUGCCGUGAGUUGGCAAGAAGGAGCGUUGGGGAUUCCGCUAGAGCAGGAGACGGCCUUUGUCGAUGAGAUAAUUUUAUCGUUGCGAGCGGACUUUGAGGGUUUAGGAAAUAUACCUGGCGAACCCGUAUGCUUCGACGGUGGAUCUCUCAACGAGGCAGAUGCUGUGUUUGGACUAAAGUGA